UUGGUCAAUCAUUUUAUUUCACUUUAUUUAUCUAUUAUUUUGGAAAACUGUACGCGUUUUUUUAUGCUUUAGUAUUCAAAAUCUAUUUAGAAUAUUAUGAAAUAUCUUGAAAGUCUUAGUGAUUAUGCUUCAAGAGUUCAAGUGGAGACUGAUAUAGUGUAAAUUAUUUAUUUAAUUCGAAGCAUUAUGUGGUCAUUUUUCUCUCGAGAUCCUACAAAGGAUUUUCCGUACGAUGUUGGUGAACCCGUACCAGAACUGGAAGACAGAAGUGUUUGGACAUUACACAAGGGGAAAAAAAGAGGUACUCAGGAUGAAGUAUCAAUAUUUUUGUUCGACGUUCAAAAGAAUUCGGAGACAUUGUUUGACAUAGCAAAAGCUUCUCUGAAAAGAUUGAAGACUACGAGACACCCUAGCCUUUUACAUUAUUUAGAUAGCUGUGAAACUGAGAAAUUUUUGUAUAUAGCUACUGAAUAUGUAGAGCCUUUAUCAACUCAUUUAGAAUGUAUGAGGCUUGAGGGUCAGCAAAAAGACCUAUUUCUUGCCUGGGGCGUAUUCCAAAUAACUAGAGCUUUAUCAUUUUUAAAUAAUGAUGGAAAUAUGAGACAUAACAAUGUAUGCCUCUAUUCUGUAUUUGUAACAUUGGCUGGUGAAUGGAAACUAGGGGGAUUUGAAUUUCUAACAACCCAAGGACAUGAAACUACGAAUCCCAUACCAAUAAAGAUAUUACCUGCCCUCGAAAUAUAUGAUCCACCAGAGAAGAAUGACUCUGUAAAACUUAAAAGUGCAACUAAAUGUUCAUCAGACAUGUGGGGACUAGGAUGUCUCAUAUGGGAGGCAUUUAAUGGACCGCUCAAAAACCAACCGGCUCUUAAAACAGUAGAUAAUAUACCAAAACAGCUAUGUACGCUGUACUGUGAGCUGGUCAGUGCUAACCCUGCUUCAAGACCUAACCCGGCUGAUAUUAUUACCAGAUGUCGUAAACUUGGUGGAUAUUUUAAAAACGAUCUGAUAGAUACAAUGUUAUUCUUAGAAGAAAUUCAAAUUAAAGACAAAGCUGAGAAGGGAAAAUUUUUCUCAAGUCUUAGUUCACAUUUAGAUAACUUCCCAGAAAAUGUAUGUGUUCAUAAGAUCCUGCCGCAGUUAUUGACUGCCUUUCAUUAUGGAGACGCUGGUUCUGCUGUGUUGGCACCUAUGUUUAAGCUAGGCAAAUUAUUAGAAGAUCCUGAUUACCAAAAACAAAUAGUGCCCUGUGUUGUUAAACUAUUCGCCUCUAAUGACAGAACGACAAGAUCAAGGCUUCUGCAACAACUAGACCAGUUCAUUAUGCAUCUGCAGAAUUCGACAGUUAACGACCAAAUUUUCCCGCAAGUUGUAAAUGGCUUCUUGGACACCAAUGCUAUUAUUAGGGAACAAACUGUGAAAUCGAUUGUUCAUCUCGCAUCUAAACUAAAUUACAACAAUCUCAACGUUGAAGUAUUGCGACACUUUGCCAGAUUACAGUCAAAAGAUGAUCAAGGAGGAAUAAGAACGAACACAACAGUCUGCCUCGGUAAGAUAGCGGCGCACCUGCAUCCGCAGAUACGGCAGAAGGUGCUUGUGUCUGCGUUCGUUCGCUCCACGAGGGAUCCCUUCCCACCGGCGCGACAGGCCGGAGUCCUAGCGCUGGCCGCCACGCAACAGUACUUCUUGCUAUCCGAAGUGGCGAACAGAGUCUUGCCGGCUCUAUGUCCGCUGACAAUCGAUCCAGAGAAACAGGUUCGCGAUGCUGCCUUUAGGACGAUUAGAGGCUUUCUCGGUAAACUAGAGAAAGUUUCUGAAGACCCGAGCUUAAAAGAAGGAAUGGAGGCGGACGUCCACACGGCCACUCCGUCGCUAAGCAACGCGGCGGCCACGUGGGCGGGCUGGGCCGUCACCGCCGUCACCGCCAAGUUCUACCGUUCGCACUCGGACACCACGCGGGUGCAACACUCCACUAAAUCUGCACUCUCUAAACCCGGAUCCUUGGAGCAACCUUCGUCGAGUAGUAUGUCGACAACGACGUCAUCGGUGACAUCCAUGACGUCACUGGAGCACAGCGAGUCGGCCUCCGACUACGAUCCGGAGCACUGGGACAUGGCGGCUUGGGGAGAAAUCGAUUCUAGUGGAGGCACGGGCGGUAGUGCGGGCAGCAGCAGUGCGCAAGCGGCGCCCGGGCUCGCGGCCCUCGACGAGGACGACUGGGACAACGAGGAGUGGGGCACGCUGCAGGAACAACCGUCCGCUAAAGCCGAUCUGGUCAGUCCCUCGGAGACGUGGAAUAACUCUCAAUGGACGGAUCCGAUCGUGAACAGCGCGAACGCGACGUUCGUCCGCAGCACGGCCGGCUCGAGGCUGGAGCACCGCCCCGCCGCGCACCAGAACAGCAACGACUCGCUCGGAGGCUGGGAAGACGGAGAAUUCGAACCGAUAGAAGAAAACGCCGAUGAAAACAAUGCUUCAAAGAUGGACGAGCUACGAAGGAAACGAGAAGAGAGGAAAUUACAAAGACAGAGAGAGAUGGAAGCGCGUCGUUCCGCUCGAGCCCAGGGACCUAUGAAACUGGGCACCAAGAUCGUGACAGCACCGCCGCCCUUCUAGAACGAACUCGAACUUACACGGACGAUGGAUUUCAAUCGGUAA